GCCAGACAACAACAAUAAAAGUUAAACAAAAUCAAAAAUAAUAAUACAAACAAAAACAAAAAAAAAAUCAUACCCGGCAGCGACUUUAAUUAUAACGAGCAACUGAAUCCGAAUCAUAUAAAGAAAUCAACAAGUGUGCGUCUGGGUCUGGUCUCUCACGUCUGUUUCGCUUUCAUUCAUGCGCUCAAAAGCAGCGCACCGACAACAACAACAACAACGCCAACAAAAGCUGAUAAAAGCCCAGCAGCAGCGCCAGCAGCAGCAACAACACAAACAACAACAGUUACAUACAACUACAACGCCAGUUAGAACGAACUCUGUCUGACCGACUCACAGCGAGAGAGAGAGAGAGUGACAGCGAGCAGGAGAGCAGAGCUUUAAAUUGCGGGGCAUUACUCUAUGACUAUGUGAUUGGGUCUAACUUACACGCAUAACCAUAACCAUAGCCAUAGCCAUAGCCCAAACCAUAUAAUGAAGCAUCCACAGGAUCUGAGGGUCACCGAUGGACAGCAGCUAUUGAAGAUCAACAAGGUGGAGGAAAUGGAGCACGAGCUGCAUGAAUCUGAAUCGGAAAGCCAUAUAAUGCACGCCGAUGCUCUGACCUCUGGCUAUCCGCCGGCAUCGCAGCCCCACAGCCCCAUUGGCCACGCCCUCAGUCCCAAUGGCGUGGGGCUGGGCCUGAGCAACAGCAGCAACCAGAGCAGCGAGAACUUUGCGCUGUGCAACGGAAGCGGAAACGGGAAUGGCGCCGGAAGCGGUACCCCCAGCAACAACAAUAACAACAACGUGUACUCGCCCAACAACAACCACAGCGGCGGUGGCGGCAGCAGCAGCGGGGGAGCUGGAGCCGGUGGCGCCACCAGUCAGCAGCAACAGCUCCAGCAUCAGCAGCAGCAAACGCAAUCCCCGACGGUCUGUGCGAUCUGCGGUGAUCGGGCGACGGGCAAGCACUACGGGGCCUCUAGCUGCGACGGGUGCAAGGGUUUCUUCAGGCGGAGCGUGCGCAAGAACCACCAGUACACGUGCAGGUUCUCGCGGAACUGCGUGGUGGACAAGGACAAGAGGAACCAGUGUCGGUACUGCCGCCUGAGGAAGUGCUUCAAGGCGGGCAUGAAGAAGGAGGCGGUGCAGAACGAGCGGGACAGGAUCAGCUGCCGUCGCACCUCCAACGAUGAUCCGGAUCCGGGCAAUGGGCUCUCUGUGAUUUCGCUGGUGAAGGCGGAGAACGAGUCGCGGCAGUCGAAGGCGGGCGCCGCCAUGGAGCCGAACAUCAAUGAGGAUCUCUCGACCAAGCAGUUUGCCAGCAUCAACGAUGUCUGCGAGUCGAUGAAGCAACAGCUGCUCACCCUCGUGGAGUGGGCCAAGCAGAUACCGGCCUUCAAUGAGCUGCAGCUGGACGACCAGGUGGCUCUGCUGCGCGCCCAUGCCGGCGAGCACCUGCUCCUGGGUCUCUCACGGCGAUCGAUGCACCUGAAGGACGUCCUGUUGCUGAGCAACAACUGUGUCAUCACCAGGCACUGUCCAGAUCCUGGAGUGUCGCCCAAUUUGGACAUAUCGCGGAUUGGCGCCCGCAUCAUCGACGAACUGGUGACGGUAAUGCGGGACAUUGGCAUCGACGACACGGAGUUCGCCUGCAUCAAGGCGCUGGUCUUCUUCGAUCCAAAUGCCAAGGGCCUGAACGAACCGCACCGCAUCAAGUCGCUGCGCCACCAGAUACUCAACAAUCUCGAGGACUACAUAUCCGAUCGGCAGUACGAGUCGCGCGGCCGUUUCGGGGAGAUCUUGCUCAUCUUGCCGGUCCUGCAGUCCAUCACCUGGCAGAUGAUCGAGCAAAUACAGUUCGCCAAGAUCUUUGGCGUGGCCCACAUCGAUUCCCUGCUGCAGGAGAUGCUCCUGGGUGGAGAGCUGGCGGACAAUCCGCUUCCGCUGUCGCCACCCAAUCAGUCCAACGACUAUCAGAGUCCCACCCACGGCACCAAUUUGGAUGGCAGCCAAGUGAGCUCCACGCUGGACACGCUGGCCUCGGCGACCAUUGCCGCCUCGCAGGCCCUCGACCUGGACGUGCAGCACAUACAGGCCCUCAUCGAGGCCAACAAUGAUGAUUCGUUCCGGGCCUAUACCGCCAGCACGGCAGCAGCCGCUGCAUCCGCAGCUUCAUCCUCCUCCACGCCCACGGCUGUCGCUCCGGCUGCCAUCUCGCCCCCAUUGAACAGCCCCAAGUCACACCAACAACAGCAGCAGCAGCAUCAGCUCCAGAAUGCGUCUCAUCAGCAGCAGCAACAGCAGCAACAGCAGGACAGCCCCUACAUGGAUGCAGCAGUCAAGCACUACAACGGCAGCCGAUCGACGGGAUCCCUGCAGCCGAACCAUAGUCCCCAGCGCAUGCAUCCGUACCAAAGAACGGUCACGUCGCCGGUCGACGGGCUGGGCCUGCGCAAUCCUGCGGACAUUACGCUCAACGAGUACAAUCGGAGCGAGGGCAGCAGCGCCGAGGAGCUGCUGCGGCGCACGCCGCUCAAGAUUCGCCCUCCCGAGCUGCUGACGGCACCGUCUGGCUAUGGCAUGGAGCCCUGUCGCAUGACGCUGAAGCAGGAACCGGAAACGGGCUACUGAGCGGAAACGGUGCAUAAAACUGCAUCGUAUCGCAGUACUGGUGCAAUAGGCAGUAUGCAAUAGGAAUCAAACCACACCCAAAAUCCCCAACCCCCACACCCAUCCCCCAAAUAUACAGGCCCCCCUCUUGCUGUACACCCGAACCAAUGCCCCACCAAGUGCUAUACAGAAAUGAAAUGAAGAAACUUACUUAAUUGUUGUUAUGCCUUGAAACCUUUUUGAUACUUUUUUGAUUAGCGCUUAAGUAGGUAUUUUGGAAAUUGUUGCUUAAUUUUUAAAUGUUUAACGCAGUUGCAAUCUAUUUUUGGAGUCAAUAUUCUGCUCAAGAACUUUAUUACUAUGAUAUACACAUACAUACAUAUACAACAUACACAUUACACCAUUUAAUAUAUGUACACAUGUACAUAUUUACAUGCAUAUGUAUGUGUGUAUAUGUACAUAUAUACCAUCUAGCAUGUACUGAGUUUGUUGGUUAUUUGGUUACGUUACCUUCUUAUCCUUGUGGCGGCAUCGUGUGCAUCGAUCACAAAGCGUACAGUUCGUACAGUACAGGCCAUGCAAUAUAUUGUUUUAGGUUAGGGUGUUGUCUAGGAUAUGCGCUGAAAGUGUAAAAUACGAGUAUCUUUAAAGCUAAGCGAAGAACUAUUUUUAUAUGAGUAUGUAUAAAAUACACAAAAUUAGCUGUAAGAUGGCUGAAUGAAUAAAAAAACAAAAUCAAAAUUAAUUUAAACUAGG